AUGCUGGGCAGGGCGCCCAGGCUACCUGAGCAGUCCCAGAGGCCUCCCGGGCGCAGAGGUGUGGAAAGAUCUCGAGAGGCCAGUGUCCCCACAGGGUUCGCCCUUUGCCCAGGUAGGAUGAUGCCAUCAGCUUCAGGGAGGCCCAAGGGCAGGACCACCGCCUACGAGUACUUCUUGCAGGCUUGCCGCCAGGAGUUGAGGGAACAGAACUAUCAGCUGGCAGUGGAUUACCACCGUUUUCUGAGAGACUGUGAGCAUAGGUGGAAUGUCCUGGGUACUGAAGAAAAAGAGCGCUUUAAGGAAAUGGCCAAGGCCGAUGGAAGGCGCUACCGGCGCCAGAAGAGGCGUUAUGACCCCACAUGGGCGGCCAAGAGGGACACCGAAGCGCCUAAAAGACCAAAGUCCGCCUUCAUAAUCUUCUAUCAGGAAUACCAGCCCCAGAUCUGUUUUGACAACCCCGGGAUGGCUAUGAAGCAAGUUGCCAAAGAAAUCGGCCAGAUGUGGCGACAGUUGAGCGAUUGGGAAAAAAUUCCUUAUCAAUAUAGAGCCACCCAGCUGAAAGAACAAUACAUCGAGGAAAAGGCCGAGUACGAAGCCAAGAAGAGGCGCAGUGUGGGAGCAACAGCAGGAAGAGACAAAGACCAGAAGAACUUUGAGGAGGAGGACCAUGGAGGCAAGGACAAAAUGGAAGGCGACAAUGAUGAAAUCGAUGAUGAUCAGGAACAGGACGAAGAGGACGACGAGGAGAACGAGGAAGGCGAGGAAGACAAAGCCUCUGAUGGUAACUCCUCAUCCUCUGCAGAGGAUUAUGAGGGUUUGUACGAAGACUCAGAAGAUGAGGACUGA